CAUGCCCCAAACGCUGAGCUCUGCCAGCAUGUUUACUUCCUGUGGCUUCAGCCCUCAUCACCUCCAUCCCUCCAAAGAAGAUGAUGAAGGAGGACUGAUCUUUCAAGAUGGAAACCUUACCUCAGCAUCUCUUGAUGCUUUAAUUCAACACCUUAUACCUACAGCUGACUACUACCCUGAGAAGGCCUACAUCUUCACAUUCCUGCUGAGCUCAAGACUGUUCAUUGAACCACAUGAACUUCUGUCCCGUGUUUGUCACAAGUGCAUCGAGCAGCAGCAACUGGAUGACCCAGUGCUGGAUAAGGCACGGAUCAGAAAAUUUGGGCCCAAGAUUUUACAGUUGUUAACAGAAUGGACGGAAACAUUUCCCUAUGAUUUUCAGGAAGAAAAGAUGAUUGGAUGUUUGAAAGACAUCAUCCAUCGGAUAGCUCCGUGUGAUGAGGCCUAUUGGAAAAAGAUGAAUCAGCUUCUACAAACCUUGAACCAGAAGCUUGCAAGUCUUAACCAUGGUCAAGAAGGGAUAGUCAAGAUCAGUGCAGCUGUUUCAGAUAAAGUGGUAGCUUUUAAAAGUAAACCUCCAUCCAUCCAAAGAGAAAUGUUGAAUGUCUGCAGUGAUCCAUAUACUUUGGCCCAACAGUUAACUCAUGUAGAACUGCCUUGUUUCAGUGAACAGAAGAAGACUAGUAAUCUCGAGGCUUAUGUGAAAUGGUUCAAUAGACUCUGCUAUCUUGUAGCAACAGAAAUCUGUAUGCCUGCCAAAAAGAAGCAGAGGGCACAAGUCAUUGAAUUCUUCAUUGAUGUCGCCCGGGAGUGCUUUAACAUAGGGAACUUUAAUUCACUGAUGGCAAUCAUCUCUGGAAUGAAUAUGAGUCCAGUAUCUAGGCUAAAGAAGACCUGGUCAAAAGUGAAAACAGCCAAGUUUUUUAUUCUUGAGCACCAGAUGGAUCCUACUGGCAAUUUUUACAACUACAGGACUGCCUUAAGGGGAGCUGCUCAUCGGUCCCUAACAGCACACAGCAACAGGGAAAAGAAAUUCUUGGAACUGGCUAAACAAGUAGGAGAAUUCAUAACAUGGAAACAAGUUGAAUGUCCGUUUGAGCGUGAUGAUAAUAUAAUCCACUAUUUACAUACUGCCCCUAUCUUUACCGAAGAUGGUUUGUAUUUGGCUUCCUAUGAAAGUGAAAGUCCAGAAAACCAAACAGAAAAAGAGAGAUGGAAAAACCUAAGGUCAACUAUCUUAGGAAAGACCUGAAGACAAUAAUCUAUAAAUAUACUAGAAGAAACUAAGUCAGCAAAACUACUUUGCACUAUGGAUUCCAAAGAUGCCUAUUUGGGAUUUAGAAUAUUUUAUUCUUUAUUUUUGUGUGCGUUUGGGGGCUCUCUAACGCAAUUAACUGGAUUCAUCAGAAAGACUCAAGUGAGUUGUCUUUUUACUGCACACAGUGUUGCUACAGCCAAUAUGGAACCUUAUAGUGACAAGCCAGUCGAGAUUUGAUCUUGGCUUUAUCAGAACCAAGUCCUUAUUGCUAUUUAAACUUGACUUUCUAAAAGAAAAAGCAAGAAAAGUCAUGGUGCUGCAAUCCAAAACAGUCUCCACGGAUGAGUACAGGGUUUGUAUCUCAGAAGCAGGGUGAAUCUGAUAAUAACUCAAAGAGAACUGUGAAAAGUAGAUGUUGCCAAUUACAUUAUGCUACUACAUAUUUUUCCUCCACAAUCCUCAGCCUCAAUGAAGAAUAUUCCAACAUCAGGAAAUAAAUGACUAAUAGAAAACCAUAUUAAAAUAACCCACGUAUGCUACUUUUUUAAUAUUGAAAGUUUCGAGCUGUUGAAGAUGUGUUAUGUCUCCUUCCGUUUGGAGUCCGAAUCAUCUUUGAUCUUCAUAGGGAACUCCUAAGCUCUUCAGAUGACUUCUCCUGUGACCCUUAUGAUAUAAAGCAUGUAGCAUAUUCUCUAGUUCUGUUGACUGUUGAGAUGCGACAGUCUUUAAAGAAUCUUGCAUCGUUAACAGAAAGGAAAUCUGUUAAGGACUGCAACAGUUGCUUUCACCUACUUAUUUUCUCUUUAUCAGAGAAAAGAAAUAUUUUGGAAAAGAUAAUCAUGUGAUAGUAGGGCUCUUAUCUCUAGUGUGUCUUACAGUCUAUGAAUUGUUGCACUGAAAUUAUCAAUACCACGUUCCUAAGAUGGGUCCCUUAUUUUAUGGUUCCUCUGUGUAGGCGAUGGCCACUGCCUCCCAGCUAUGGCAUUCUUUCUCGAAUUCCUGACUUCGAGAUGCAUUUAGGGCUACAGAUUUGGGAGCUACAGGGAAAGUUGACUAAUGGGGAAUGAACAAUCAGGCAGUAAUAUGUCUGCCAUAAUGCUUAGUGGGAGGGCAAGCAAUGGUUGCAAAUUAUACUCAAAUAGCCUUUUUAUAAGUAACGGGAGUAAAACAAAUCCAUAGCUUACUGCUUACUGUGUAGAAUUGCAGUAAAGUGAAAAUCUUCAUUUUAAUAACUGGGAUGUUUUCAUAAUAAAAUUGUAUCAGAAAGACUUAUAAUUCAGAUUCUGACAUUUGCAAGUAAUAUCCAGCACAGCGUGGGCUUGGCUUGAGAAUUACAGGUAGCUGAUGCCACAUAUAUAGAUGAGACUCAUGCCAAUGUACAUAUUUUAUGCAUCAGUUAAAUGCAUUCCAAGAUUCAACCAGUUCCAACAUAGGACAUUGGCACAGUGACCAAUAGGUGGAAUUUAGAGAGUUCACUCCUGCCUUCCAUCAUAUGCAAGAGUUUGGCAUGCUGGUCAAAAUCUCAACUGGUAUUACAUGAACAGUAAAGCAGUCAUUAGGCACUGGAUAGGUUUGAACCUUAAUUUGCUUCUGAAUAUGUCUGUAUUGAAAUUCUAUCAUAUUCCUUCUGGGUAUUGUCACAAGGAGCCUUUUUGUUUCUUUUAGUAAAGCAAUCUUAGGUUCUAGAAUAUAACUUUAAGUUAUUUAUCUGCACAAGCCUUCUUGACAACCUAUUUCUUUCCAUUACAUCUACUUCACAGUGUGCUGAAAUGUUUAAUACCAGUCUAAAUGAAUGAUUUUUCAUUUAAAAAAAAAUGUUGAUCUGACCCUAGUUAGAUAUUUGUGGCCUAUGACAGAUUAAGAAAGAAUUUUGUGCAUGCGCACAUUUUCCUCAGGCAACCAAUCAGUGAAUAUAUAAAUAUAGCUACUGUGUAUGAUCAAUUCUAAACUUGUGUCAAAUUCAACAGUUUAUGCACCUACUAUGUCACAAUGUAGUAGCUUUCAUGUAGCUAUUGCAAAAGACCUACAGUAUUUGAAUUAUCUAGAUCAUGGGUGUCAAACUUGCCACAUCAUGUUGCCAACAUGUGACUUUUUGCAACUUUUUCCAUUUCCCGGAGCUGGGGUAGGCGUGGCCUACGCAUGACACACCUGAACCAUGGGCCACCAGUUUGACACCCUGCUAUAGAUGUAUUCAGACCGCUUCAGUAACCAUCUCAGCAUCUGAAUAGGAAGCAAGAUAAAUUUAUUUCUCUAUUUGUUAGCUCUUUUCUGUAGUAAAUUUUGAAAAAUGGAGGAAUGCCACAAAAAUAUAGUGAGGUAGAUGUCUCAGAUUUUAAACAGGAAAAAAAGAACAUCUAAGUUGUAAGAAUGUUCAGUCUGAUGGAACUAGAAUAGAUAGGAAAAAUGGUUAGAAAUAUGUCUAAAAAUACUGUAUGUAGAAAGAAACAUGGAAUGUCAAAAAUAAAUCCAGAAUUGUUUCUUUUGGAUUGGGCUACUGGCUGAAUAGAUAUUGAAAAAAGUACAAAAACAGUAUGCCUUAAUUUCAGCAAAGCAUCUGACAAAUAUUUUGUGGCAAAAUGUCUUAAUUGUGUUUUUGCUGGCAGUGACGUUCAUAGAUGAAUUCACAGUUGUAGAAUCAAUGAGUUCUUAUCAAUUAUUCAUUAAAUCAAGGAAACAUUUGAAUGAGGUGCCAUAGUAGAAGCGUAUACUUCAACCAUUGAUCCAUCUUAGAUGCAGAGAAAUCUUUUUUCCAGAUGAUCCAUAAUAUGAAUAACUGUUACCUCAUAGCAGUAACCCAUUCAAAAUGCUAUUGAUGGAAGGCUGAGUAAGAUCAUAUAAAUUGCAGCAUAACACAGUGCAAAUGUCUGCCUUCAGGUGUGCUCAAAUUCAGAACACUAAUGUAUGGUAGACAACAUCUGGUUUAACAGUGGUACAUGAGGUUUCCAGAUUAUAACAAAUGUGAAAAAGCUACAAAACAGUGCCAUGAACAUUAAUAGAACCAUAAUAUUAGGAACAAGAAUAAAUACUUCCUUAUUUGGGACUAAUCAGAUUUGUCUGGUCCUGUAUAUGUUUUUGAAUAAGAAUUAAGAAAGAUGAGACAAACACGAGAAAGAUGAGAUGGGUACUUUUCAAAUACCAGACGGUCUGAUGUAGAAAACAAGACAAUGUUGCUUCGCUUCUUAUCCAAAAGACAGGAUUAAUCUAAUGGGCUUAAGUUAGGGAAGAUGAAUGUUGACUGAAUGGUAGGAAGAAGAUGAAAGAGCCAUUUUAUAAUGGUUUAAUGAUAAUUCACUGUUCUGCAUGAGAAAAUUUGCAAAGCAAAUUGUAACUUAGAAGUGCAAAAUGCCUAAUUAAACCCCAAAACAAUGAUAAUACAAAUCUUAAAAACAUAAUAAACAUAACAAAAAAUGUGGAGGAGGAGGCAAUAUUCUGGCUGCCUUUGAACUAAGCCCAGAAGCCCAUCUGGAAGAUAUUCUUAUGCAGGAUUUCCUGCAUUUACAAAGGGUUGAAUUACUAAAUAUCCCACAGUUGAUACUAAUAGGAUUAUCCCAUUAGAUUAUUAAUAAUAAUCUACUAAAAGAUGACUUAGAUUUAAUAGACCAAAUACGUAGUGAUGUUUUCUUUUGCUGAAGAGAACACAGCUUUUUCUCCUUAAAUGCUACUAAAUAAAUCCAAGGAUUAUAUUAAUUCACCUUUGUCUGAAAGUAACUCUAACUGUAGCCAGAUUUUAACAAUUGACAUAUUUGACUUUCUGAGAUCAUGGUGAUCAAAUGUAUUUCUACUUAUUUAAGUAAGAGUGAUAAAAUAAUAUAUGCAUAUUAGAAUGCUGAGAUUGAUUUCUCAGCUAGUAUCGGUUGCAAAUAUUUCAUUAUUUGUAUUUGCAAAGUGUGAUUUGUCUAGGUAUAAAAAACAAAGCAAAUCUGUAUUUCAGAUACAUAAUAUGAAUACAUUGUACACACUCUUUCAGAAAGCAUAAAACCCAAUUUAUUGAAUGAAUAGUACAUACUAGGUUUCACAGGAGGAAAAUAUUCCAAAUAAUUCACCUAUAUUUCAUCAGAAACUUAUAAAUGGAUUCAGCUCUGCAUACUGAAAAUUGCUAAGCUUAUGAAAGAAUCCUCAGUCUUCGGCUGAAACUGAGCCUCUGGUCUGACCUUAUACAAUGAGCAAGGCAGUCAUUUUAAACUGAGUUAUGGACAUACUGAAUGCAUUUUUUAAAAAUGCAGCCUGCCUAAGAUUGGAAAUGCAAUUUGUUAUCCAUUUAAUAGGAAAAGGCAGUAUUUCUUUCAGC